GUGUAAGAAUGAACGCUCUGUUCCGUAGAAACUUUCAAUACUCGCGUAUCUUGCAAUCACCAAAUUGACGACUUUUUUUCUACUAGUGGGAAAUUUUUCGUUACAAGUGGCUUUCACAAAAAAGGAGCGAUGGCCUUGCGAGAGUUGUCAUUCGGCCUCAGUCGCGGACCCAAGCCUCUACUCCUGCCACCUUUGAUGCAAGCAAGCACGCAGAAUGGACUUCAUAUAAGGUUUGCGCCUCAUGGCUCUGAUGCCAAGGACAUUAAAUUCAAACUUCCCAGAGGUCUUACCAAAAAGAUGACACUUUUAAUGCUCUUUGGCCGCGAACCGCAGGCCAAUAGACCGAUGAAAGCUGAACUGAUGACUACCAACCGCGCAGGCCUCUCGAUUGGGGUGGAAGUGUUCCACAAUGGAGAAGCCGCUGUCCGCUACCGUGGACUCAACGGAGUAGCGCAGAGGACAAAGCGAGUAGACGUCGACAAGGAUGGUGGUUUCUAUGUCAUUGUCAUUGACGUUGACGACAACACGGAGAUCCAGGUGAAGGUCAAUGGUGUGGAUCUCUUGCAAAGCAGAAUGCUGUACGACACGAAAGGGCUGGAUAUACUGUCCAUAUUUCUCAUAAAGUGGAAGAUGUACGAGCUGCACCUCAUAUCGGAGAGUGCACCUGUUUACCCGGAUAAAUUUACCCACUCUCACUACCCGAGGCUUGCGCUGGGUGCCUUCUUGGAGCUCAGUGGAACUGUUGCUGUCCUUGGCAAUCAAGAUAAGUGCCAGGAUUUUGGGGCGACUUCCCAACGUUCACGGCAUGAUAAAAGCGGCAGUGAGAGCAAACAAUUCGCUUUCUUUUUUUCACUUAACGCCGGUCGUAGGCGGUGGCAUGAUAGAAGGCGUUUGCAUGAGUCCGCAUUUUCUAAUAAAUUAUUUGUGAAACGACAUGUAUGUGGUCUAAUUUUAUUUCCGAAUCAAAGAGAGCUGCGCCGGGGCAAUUAUGUCUGUAAAUUUCGACAGCUAUCGGUUGUGGUUACUGAUGCGUUUCAGACGAGAACAGCUGCACGAAAUGUUAACGUAACAGACUCAUCAUGCGUUUUUGAGAGCUUGUCCGUGGCAGCAUGGGUCUGUAUAUGUAAAUACAAGACAAUAUAUUCUUUCAACGAUAUCAUAUUGAUCCAUCUUUGCAUCAGACGAUUCUGUCCGAGGUGUGCAAAUGGGGUCAGCGCCUUUGAUAGUCAGCCGUUCUGAACACCUUUGCCUGGCACACUUUCUCCUACUUUACUUAGCCACCAUUCAUUGUGGUCUAUUAUUGCGGUAAAUAUUCUUUGGAAGCUUCAGGCAC